AUGAACUCCGCUCGGCUUGCUUUUCUUUACGAAUCCGUUCGAUCUCUCGACGAAGAGCGCUGGAGAAUCGAUCUUGACAGAUUUGCUUUAUCUGUUUCAGAAAAGUCAGGCUUUCAGACGCCGUAUGGCCCCACGAUAGACAACGGAAUGGCGUAUAGCAGUGGUGCAUUCGGUCCUACGGCGGGUGGACCGGGCGGGGGGCCGGGCGGGGGCGGCGGGGGCGGCGGCGGGGGCGGCGGCGGCGGCGUCGAGAGUACCACAUACCCCCUGGACUCACCGUAUUUUCCGUUCGGGACCAAGGGUGUACCGGUCACCGUAGGUACCGUCACUCCCACCCCCGUUGUGAAUCCGGCGACCCCCGCUGGUACUAACGGCACACGGUUACCUAAUCCCACUGGCGGCGCCGCAACUGUGAAAAGGAAGAAGGACAACCUCGACGGGACGGAAGGAGAGGUAGUGGCGACGCAACAUUGGUAUGGCUCGGAUGAAUUCGGGCAGGACUCGCCGAGAUACACGUCGCCGAAGGGUGCCCUGUACACGGACUCGUAUUACAUCGAUGGUAAUGCUGCAGGAACCGGUCCAGGCGACCCGUGGACGGGUAGCGGCGGUGGUGUCCAAACCCCAUACAGUGGAUACGCGCCCUCUCACCUAACGCAGCCAGCCUAUGCCAUGCACCUACCCCACGACCCCAUGGCAUACUCGGCGAUGUCGCCGAACGGUGAAUCUGCAGCGCCGAUCCUGGGCUCGGCGGUGACCAGUGCGGCUUCCCUGCCGCCAAUGUCGACAUUCCGGGGUAGUGCCGCGGUCGCGGCGAACAGCGGCACAGGGGCGCCGUCGCCGGCAUCGUUGCAAUAUAGCCAUAGUCCUGGUGCACCAACGACCGCGCCUUCCGCGCCCAACGCUGCGCCCACGACGAACCAGCAAUCCACCACGGACGACACCCUCGGCAAGACCCUCGCAUCCGUCGUGAGCAACCGAAUGUAUACCAAUACGGACCAAUCAGUAUCCAGUUAUAGCAGUAAUCCAUCUACGCCCGUCAGUUCGCCACCACCUUUAACCGGUUCGGCACCAGGUUGGGCACCUGGAGCCGCGCCAGUAUCUCCGCAUUUUACGGCGGACCCCAAUCGUGGUAUUCACAUGCCGGCGCCUGAACAGCAGAGGCUAGACGAUGCCAUCGGCUUCCUUCGCGACCACGCCGAGUUGGUACAGGGGACACGGAUGGAGGAGCGGUUAGACGAUGCCAUAAACGUGCUGAGGAAUCACGCCGAGAGUCAGGCCAUUCAUCUUGGCUCGAUCGGUCCACACGGCGGGAUAUACUCGCACACCUCACCACCGCAGCUGGAUCAUUUGGCGAGUCCACAUCCUGCGGUAACGGUGACGCAACCUCAGGGUUCCUACCCCGGUCUCACGCCUACGCCCGACACGGACGGCUCCAUCAAGAUCGAAAGGUUACCUGUGACGAAUGCCAAAUACAUCCCUACAUUAGAAAAGAGGAAAGACCCGCCCGACAGCAGCGGCGGCGAGACGAAGCCAUCGAGCAGCGACCUCGCGGCCGGGGUGAUCGGGGCUGCUACCGUCAACUCGACGUCGCAAGGAAAGGGAACGAAGCGAUCGCGCAGAUAUUGUUCGAGCGCCGACGAAGACUGCGACGAUCCUGGCACCAAAGCGGUGCGCGAGAAAGAACGUCGCCAGGCCAACAACGUGCGUGAAAGGAUACGUAUCAGGGAUAUCAAUGAGGCUCUGAAGGAACUUGGUAGAAUGUGUAUGACACAUUUAAAGACAGACAAACCUCAAACGAAGCUCGGUAUUCUCAACAUGGCUGUUGAAGUUAUAAUGACACUCGAGCAGCAAGUCAGAGAGCGGAACCUUAAUCCGAAAGCAGCGUGUUUAAAAAGAAGAGAAGAGGAGAAAGCCGAAGAUGGCCCGAAGUUACCAGGCCAUCUUGCAGCGCACAUAGCACAUCCGCAUUCUCAUCCACACGCGCACUCCCAACCGCCCUUCCCCGCAUUACCUGGUCCACAACCUUCCCUUCAGCACAAUCCACCACAGCCGCAGUAGCAGCGGCUCAGUGGCGGUAUCAUUCUGUGUUAAGGGGUAGAUACAUCUUAAAAUCGAUAAGGGACAAGUUUACGAACAUGACUUACGUACCUAUGUAGGAUUUUUCUCUGCUCUUAAAAGUUGUGGGAAUGUGCAAAAAAAAUUGUGGAUAUUAUGUGGUGCAUUAUAUUGACAGGAGAAAAAAAAAGAAGAGGAGAUGAGAAACAUUCUCAAUCACAUUUCUAAAAUAUCUUGUUUAUUGUUUAAUAUUUAUAUGUUAAUUAAUAUUAUAAUGUAACUGUUCUUUUAUCUUUUAUAAUCUAUAUUGCUUAAAAAAUAUCUAUAUCUAUUCGGUUAAGGACAUACGUCUUGACUGUAGCAAGAGCGACACAGGAAUACCCAUAAUUUUUUUUUCGCAACUCUGUAAUAUGCAAUUAAUAAGGGAAGAAGUUCCGUACGCGCUCACCCAAGCAUAGGGCAAGUAGUUUUAAGAGGCAUCUACCCCCUCAAGGCGGCUUGAAAUUAUUUUUAUAAAUAGCGAAAAGAAAAAAACAAAGGAAUAUGGUUCCUCUUUCGAGAUAUAUAAUGUGUAGGAAGAUCGAGGUUUUAUUAACGAUCGAACUUCGCUGCUGACUCAUGUUAAAUUACCCACUUCUGUGUAUACACUACCGACACGUUUACGUUAAAAUGCGCAAUAGCUAGGAAGAGAACUCGAGUUGGCGAAAAAAACAGUCAUUGACUAGAGAUGAAAAUAAAGGCAGCAUAUUUCCGAAUCAAAUAGAUAUAUUUAAAUUUACUUUUCGAGUAUAUAUAAAUUAAUAGACGAAAGGAGAGUUUGCUUAUU